UCCGCCACCUGAUUCAUCAGAACUACUCGCUCAGGAAGAAAGAGGGGCAGGACUGUUUAUACAUCUGCAAUGGCCAUUGAGCUGCGCUCUGGUGUCAAAUAUGGCUCGUUUUUGUCACUUGCAGUGGUGUUGGUGGCGUAUUGGUUCCGCUCGCCGGACAGCUCGGUUCUGAACGAGAGGCUGGACGCGGUUCUGUCGUCACUGUUGCGCGCAGAGCGAAAAAUAGGAAUGGACAGCGUUUCCAGACCGCGAGUGGCUAUAGGUUUUGGUGGCUGUGUGGAUAUCAUAGUCGAUGGAGUGACUCUGCUGAACAAAAUGGGUUUGAAGCCGACAGACCAGCCCCUCCACCAUGACUACAUCGAGAACACGGAGCAGCUUGCACAGAGUUUCGCUUACUUUUUCUCCCCCGGAGCUGCUUCAGAGAGGUUUGUGAUAAAUGACACGCUCUUCAGUGAGCUGGUAGAGGCUUCUCGAGAGUUACCAGGAAACAGGUGGUCGAUCGGAGGAAAUGCACCUGUCAUGGCCAGCAGGAUGGCUCUGGAAGGAUGUGAUGUGCUUUUAGGGGGCAGUUUCAGCACAGAUUUCACUGAUAUCCUCUCACAGCAUAUCACAGUGGCUGGAAACACAGUGGAUGAACCAGACAUCCACCUGAUCCUGGAGUAUCCCACAGGUGCCACAUGGGGGACGUACACCUCCCGAAGAGCCAACAGGUAUAUUGUUCAUAGUGAUGAUCAUAAUCCAUAUCUGGACUCCAUGGAGCAAUUUCAGGAGAAGCUGAACAACUUCAAACCAGAUCUGCUCGUUGUAGGAGGGCUACAGAUGAUGGACAACUUCCCUUUCAAACGGGGAGAGCGUGAGGCUCUGCUGGGAAAGCUUGCGAAGAUGUUGUCCUCCGCGUCCCCGCAGACCGCUAUCCAUUUCGAGAUGGCCAGCUUCGUAGACGAGAGUCUGAUGUCGGAUCUUUUAGACUUUGUUCUUCCUCACACUGACUCGUUGGGCAUGAACGAGCAAGAGCUGCCUAAUCUCCUGAGCCUUUUCCGCGGCAGCAACUUGACAGUGCUUUCUGACCCCAACCCACGCGUAGCUACAGUGCUGGACCAGAUGCGAGAACUCUACCGCCUGGUAAACCAGCGCCACCAGCAGGCCGGCACGGGUCGGCCGCUCACACGUCUUCACGUCCACACGCUGGCUUUCCAAGCCAUCAUCGUCAAACGUGGCUCCAAGUGGAAGAACACAAUGUCGGCCACAGCCAAAGCAUCUCUUACCGCCAACCGGCACGUCUGCGGCUCGCCAGACAUCGAUCUCAGUAAAGCGCGGCUGAUCAUGGACGAAUCAUUCUCUGUUAGCAGGCAAGAAGGAAGUCCGAGAAUUCCACUUCAGGAAUCCCGACCCGUUUCGUGCUGGGAUGAGGACGUCUAUGAGGUUUGCGUGGCUCCUGUGCUGGUGUGCACUGAGGUGUACCAGACUGCUGGAGGAGGAGACAACAUCUCAGCCGCUGGGCUCGUACUGCAGAUAUGAGACGUCUUUGUUAUUCCUUUCUUUUCUUUUCUUUUAUUGCUUUAUUUUAUUAUUUUGUGUGAACAACAUCGAGAGAGAUCAUGUGCAAUACAAACAUUGGGUCCAGCUAAUAUAAAGUUGGGUGAAUCUCACAAAACGUGUCAACAACAUCCACAUCUUAUUUCACCCUUAAAUCAACAGAAACCAAUUUAGUUUUUAAGAUUUUUUUAUUGUUAUGUUAAGUUUAUUCUUUUUAAAAUAUUAUUUUCUGAACAGUUAAGCAAUUUUUUUUUUUUAUCUAAUUCUCAUUUUUAUACGUUGUCUUUGUGCUGAUUUUUAAACUACAUUAUUUUUUGAUUGUAAUAUAGUAAAAAAAUACUUUAUUAUAGUAAUGAGAAUAUAUAUAGAACAUACAUGAAAAUGUGCUUAAUUUUCAUGAAUAAUCUAUUGUUUUUGUUUUUCCUUUAUGCAAAAUAUAUUUUCUUAUUUUUCCCUUUUGAUUUUUGUGUGAAAUAUGAUCUGGACACUUGAUUAUGAGAUUCACUGAGCUAUCCCAUCUAUAGGUCAUAUGUUUUCAGUUUGUUUUUCUUUUCGUUUAUUUCUAUCCAGAACCUUUAUGUCUUAAAAUGGCUUCGUAAUCAUUCACUUCACGCACUUUAAUCCAACAGGGGCCAGUAAUCUUAAAAUAAUAUGCAAAAGAAAGUUUGAGCACCCAAAACUAUUAUAUUAUUACUGAAAUCGAUCAAUGCUGAUGCACACAGUAGCCUUCUAUGUUAAUGUCAAGUGGAAAUGCAGACAAAUUUAGCAUGACUGAAGCAUUAUGGGGUCCACAUUUGACCUAACAUUGCUUUCUCCUCAUUGGUCGAAUGUUAUUGCUUCCUUGUUUUAUGCUCUGCCUACUCAAGUCACGUCUUUAUUCUCAUAGCACCAUCAUAAUCCACUUUAACAAGCGAUUGAGCAGUUACACAAUAUCCCAAACAUGGGAUUCCAUCUCAUAUUCUCAUGUCUUAUUUAUAUCUUUAGCUUAUUUUACAAUACAACGACUGAAU